CUCGCGAGGGGGCGUGAGGGAGGGGAGGUAUAAAAGCGGCCGUCCGGAACCCGCCGGCGCCAAAGUGCGUUGCCUUCUUUUGCGCUUGCUGCUUGGUGGGAGGGCGUGCGCUUCUUUGCCUCUCUGUCUCCUUCCGCCGGCGAGAUGUUCGAGGCGCGGCUCAUCCAGGGCUCCGUCCUGAAGAAGGUCCUGGAGGCCCUCAAGGACCUCAUCACCGAGGCCUGCUGGGACCUCGGCUCGGGCGGCAUCAGCCUGCAGAGCAUGGACUCCUCGCACGUCUCCCUGGUGCAGCUCACGCUCCGCUCCGAGGGCUUCGACACCUACCGCUGCGACCGGAACAUCGCCAUGGGAGUCAACCUCACCAGUAUGUCCAAAAUACUGAAGUGCGCAGGUAAUGAUGAUAUCAUCACCCUGAGAGCAGAAGACAGUGCAGACACACUGGUUUUGGUGUUUGAGACACCAAAUCAGGAGAAGGUGUCUGACUAUGAAAUGAAAUUAAUGGACUUGGAUGUAGAACAGCUUGGAAUUCCAGAACAGGAGUACAGCUGUGUGGUGAAAAUGCCUUCUGGUGAAUUUGCUCGCAUCUGCAGAGAUCUUAGCCACAUUGGAGAUGCUGUUGUAAUCUCUUGCGCAAAAGAUGGUGUUAAAUUUUCUGCUACUGGAGAGCUCGGAAGUGGAAAUAUAAAACUCUCACAAACCAGUGAUGUGGAUAAAGAGGAAGAAUCUGUUACAAUAGAGAUGAAUGAGGCAGUCCAGCUGACUUUUGCUUUGAGGUACUUGAACUUCUUCACCAAAGCCACACCAUUGUCUUCUACAGUUACCCUCAGUAUGUCUGCAGGUGUCCCACUAGUUGUUGAAUAUAAGAUAGCAGACAUGGGACACUUGAAAUAUUAUUUGGCUCCGAAGAUUGAAGAUCAAGAAGAAUCUUAAGAAUUUGGUGGAAAUAAUCAGGGUUUUGUGAAAGAAGAACCUCUGCUGGAAGCCUGUUCACCAUUCUGUCUUGGUGCAUGGAAUUAUCAUAUAUGCACUUGGGUCCAAUUGUAGAUAUCUGUGUAAAUACUUUUUUCACUUGUUUUGCAAAUCCCUCCCUCUCCCUCCCCAUAUCUUUUAUACCUUGUUUUUAUAGCUAACCCUUUACUCCAGAAAGUACAGUAUUUAAAAAGACAAGGAGGUUCUAUGGCAAUCUCUUCACAGUGAGGCUGCUCUUCGAUUUCUAAAAGUAAUAAUGAUUGGAAAAAUUGGAUUUUAAUUAUUUGUCUUGAAGGAGGAGUCCUUGGAGCUGAAAACUUGUCAAUAAAGAAUAUUCAGUUUGUUAA